GAGAAGUGCUAUGGUGAAAUUGAUGCUUUGAUGUUGAAGUAAGAGCUAUGCUCAACUGUAAAUGUUGUCCAUUUGUGUUGCUGGGUCUGCUGCACCAUGCUGAAAAGAGAACCACUAGUGAGGUGCAUGGAACACUGCUUCCUGAAGGUAAUGGUUUUUGAAGCAUAGCCUAAUUUGUUGGAAAUCUAAUAUAAUUUGGUCUGCAUAGUUUUCUGCAGGCUUAUAUUUUAGUAAAUUCAACAAAAGACCAACUAUGUGAAGCUUGCCUAUUUCUCAAUUACUUAAAAAAGGGUUUCUAGAUAUGCUUGUCACAAAAAUCCUAUCAGAACUCAAAAAUAAAAUAUUUCUACUGUACGCAAUGAAAAAGAAAUUAUUAUUUUUGGAGUUAAUAAAUGAUUCUGUUUUGUACUUGCAUUUUAUUAUCAGCAGAACGUUCCCUCAUUUAUUUGCCUUUUAAAACAACUGUCAAAAAGGUAAACUCCAUUAAAUGUCCUAACAUUUUCCUUAUUUAAUUUUAAAAACAAUGUCCAUUUUCUGCCCUCUUUUCAUGACGUACUGUAUUAGUCAAUAAGAAUCCAUCCUCCAUAUGCUGAAUCUUCCAUUCAUCCAUACAAGUUUCACUCAGCAUCAACAUCUAAAUAUCCUCCUCUGACCUCAGGAGACUCAAUUUAUUCAUAUAAGUAGUGAAUUAGUUUUGUCUUUUCUUGUAAGAAAAUAAAUACUUCUUUUGUUGGGUUUUAUUUCUUUUUAAAUGGGAAGUUGUCCAAUAACAGAUGAUAAAUUGUUCUAAAAUAACGCUUCUUUUUAUACAUCUUUAUUGUUUGCUAAAGUAUGGGGAAGUUCCUCUUCUACCUUGUACAAAAGCUACUGCUACAACUAGCAUGAGAGACAGUGCUGUUCCCAGUCAUUAAGUUACAAGAUGAUAAUCUUAAAUUUAUUACAUAUUUUAUUUCUAAGUUUCAUUAGAAAUAGUAAUUAUUUAAAAAUGAAAGUUAAGGAGCAUUUUCUGAUACAGUAGAUGAAAAAACAUUACAUCUUCCCUUCAUCUUAAACUUUAGUAUCACUUUUUAAAGACUAGUUUUAAUAAGGCUUAUAUUUACCUUAACUCACCAAAGCAGUUCAGUAAUGCAUGACGGUAAAUGAAUGGAGAAAAGAGAAAUAAUGGUCUUGGGAUUUCAGAUACUUGGCUAUGUUUAUCUCCUGUUGAUUUAAAUCCCUGAAUUAUACAAAUAUUUUUAACUUAAAAACUCCUGGGAAUUAAGUAUUAAGCCAUAAAAGAAAAAUAAUUUCCUACAUUUCACUAAACUGAACCAUGGUAUAAAGAUGGUCUGCCUUUUACAGACAUUGCAAUACUGCAGAACAAUAACAAAGCAAGAAAACAUCUACUUAAAGAAUCUACUGAUGAUACUAAAACAGAUUCAGGUAGUAUUAGUCUAUAAAACAGAUGACUAUUUAAAUAUUUUGGUGCUCUCUUUCUGCAUUUUCUUCAUUUCAAGGUGAUACCCAUUGGAAAAUUCAGUGACUUCAUAUGUAUUUAUUACAGCUGGACCACAGUUUACUUCAGGAAACAAGCCAAGGCUGAACCCUUCUAGAUACUGAAACUAUAAUAACUCAAAACAAGCAUUGAAACUGAUUUCACUGUUAAUACUUUAUAAUCCACAAAAGGUGAGUUUAGAAUGAUUAAUAAUUUGAAAAGGGGGAGCUGGCAGCUGAUUUUUGAUUCACUAAAUGAGCUUAGAAUAUAGCCCACCAACUGAAAUCUCCAGGAAAGCUGAUGUGAUGACAUAGUGUUUCUCCUUUAGAAAACAUCAGUGUUCUAGGAUUGAAGAGACAAAAAAAUCCUGUACAGUAUUUGGAGACUGAAGUGAACCUGGGUUUCUCUGUCUACGCAUCUUUUUCUUCUAAUGUUUUAGAAUGAGUGAUAUUAACAUCUAUUUGAAAGACAAUCAAAAUAUUUUACAAAGUAAUCUAGAUACAAAAGAAUGCAUAAAGUACAUUUGAUGCUGUAUUAUAGUUCAGUUAAUUUAGAAGAUAAUUAAGCUUCCUUUCAACUGCUUUUUUAUAUAUUAUUUGCAACAACUAAGCCAAGAGAAAAUGUGUCUCUGAAUUAUUGCAUUCCCCUCUGUAAUUUAUUCAUGCUCUUGUCUAACUUUGUCUUGUCUUCUCACAUUAGGACAUGGAACCUUUUGGAAAUUCGUGAAAAUUAUAUCUACUUAUGGAAGUACAUACCUAGUAGAAAAAUUGAUAAAGGAUUAUUAUGUUUUCCAUGAACAUCUCAAGAGAUUUUACUGACUGCUCUGAGUUUGGAAAUAGGUCCUGUUCUGACAGCUCUAGGUCACCAAGAGUACGAGGGGUAUUGUAUUUCUCCAUAACUGCAGCCUUCCUUCUCACUGUCUCAGGGAAUAUGGCCAUUAUUUUUUCCAUCUUGUAUUUCAAACAGCUUCAUUCUCCGACCAAUUUUCUCAUCUUAUCCAUGGCUGUCACAGAUUUCCUGUUGGGCUUUGCCAUAAUGCCCUACAGCAUGGUGAGAUCUGUGGAGAACUGCUGGUAUUUUGGGAUGAUGUUCUGCAAAAUUCAUUACAGUUUUGACCUGAUGCUCUGCUUGGUUUCCAUUUUUCAUCUUUGUUCCAUUGCAGUGGAUCGUUUUUAUGCAAUCUGCCACCCUCUGCAUUAUGCCAGCACAAUGACCAUGGCUGCCAUAAAACAAAUAACAGCAGUGUGUUGGUCAGUGCCAGCUGCAUUUGCUUUUGGUCUUGUUUUCUCGGAAGCUUAUGCUUCUGGAAUCGGGGGCUAUGAAAGCUUGGUCAAAUGCUCUAGCUUGUGCCCUAUUGUGUUCAACAAAGCGUGGGGGAUUGUUUUAUUUACAGUUGGUCUAUUUGCUCCUGCUUGUAUUAUGUUAGGGAUCUACAUUAAAAUUUUUGUAGUCUCCCAAAAGCACGUACAUGUGUUGAGCCAGACACACAAGCACAGAAAAAGUGAUAUGAAAAAUGAACUUUCUAAGAGUAAAGACAAGAAAGCUGCCAAAACUUUGAGUGUUGUUAUGUUGGCUUUCUUUGUAUGCUGGUUUCCUUGCUUUUUUGCAAUCCUACUUGAUCCAUUUUUAAAUUUCUCUAUUCCUUCCCCUUUGUUUGAUGCUCUAAACUGGUUUGGUUACUUAAAUUCUACCUGUAACCCAUUAAUAUAUGGCUUUUUCUACCCAUGGUUUCGGAAAGCUUUUAAAUAUAUUGUAACAGGCAAAAUAUUUAACCCUCAACUUCGUACAACAAAACUUUCAUCUGAAGAUUAGUCACAGUAGUAUAUUGUAGAUUCUACAACUGACACCAGUUCUAAAGGUGAAGAUUUAACAAUGACUACUUGGUAUUCAUAAUUCAGUAAAUUAUCUGAAAUGUACAAUAUGAAUCUCACAAUUCAGUACUGUAGAAUUAUCAAAUAUUCCCUUAAUAAAAUCAGACACUUUAUAUUUUGGUAUUUUGUUGCCACCCCUGCUGACUCUUUCUGCCUUGAUUCUGUUUGAGAAGUUAAAUUUUUCUAGAAUCUCUGAAUGAGCUAUUUCAGGAAGUAUACAGUCUAUAAACACAAUAUUUCAUCUAAUUCUGCAUGCAUGCAGCAAGCCUUUCUUGAGGUUCACCAUCAAUAAUUUCCUAAACUGAAUACAUCCCAAACCAGUAUAGUUAUAGUAUUUCCAACCUUUUGUGACUAAGGCAUUAGUGUAUAGAUGUAUAUUAUCUGCUGUAAUUACCAAUUUAUAGAAUUUCAGUGUAAUUUUGGCUCAAAGUUGCUCUUUUCCUUUGAAAUCAGUGGAAUCAGAUUUGCAGCAUUUAUCCCCCAUAAGCAUAGUACACAGGAAUGAGAGUGCUACUCACACUUUAUGUACAUCCCUGUGCUUUCUUAGCUUCCACGUCAGGCUCCACGUGCUACAGAAUAUUCCAGCCAAGAACUCACACAAGAUUCACUCCAGCAAACCUGAAAAUGGAACUGAAGCCUCUAGCUGUGGCUCUGUGGUGGUGCAGACUCACCAUACCACUCUACAGUCUCAGUGUAAGCCACCACUGUGCUUUUACCUUUCAAGUGCAGUGAGUUUGGAUGAUCAGGCACUCCCUGACCAUAACUGAAACUCAAGCUCCUUUUAGCCUGACCUGAAAGGCACCAGAAAUGUACAGCCUGAGAGUACCAGAACUGUACAGGUAGGAGAAGAUUCCAAGAUUGAUUCACCUGAAUUCUAGCCAGAAAUUGAAAGAUUUCUGAUUAAACUUAAUUAUCUCAAGAUCUUAUAAAUUCUGCCCUAAGUGAAGAACCCCACUGUGACUAGCUUACCAGAUAGGAAGAUCCUUGGGCAUGAAACUGAACUCAGAAAUCUCCCUUGGAAAUACCCUGUUUGUAAGUUUCAUGUGAGCCUUGCCAUACUUGAACUUUUAACUAAGUUGAUGUAUUUGAUUGUAGUAAAUUUCACUGAAUCAUUACAUUAAAUUGACUAAUGAUUAAAUGCUGAUUAAAUGCUAGUAUGAAUCAUACAAUCUAACCUUGUGACAUAUUGUAGAAGUAUUUAUAAGCCCCAAAUUGUUGCUAAAACCCAAUGUUGGAUAGCCAUCAGUCCGCUACUGGCUCUCACCAUUUUAAGCACUACC